AUGGGUUCUCCUAGUAUCAUCACCAACCCCAUGUUCAACAUGGGUUUCCUUUUGGUUUCCAUGCAACUCGCCAAGAAGAUUGAUUGGGAAGAUCCUAAUGUCUUGAACUUUGCCAGAAUUGGUUACUACGGUGCUCAAGUGCUUGUCGUCGCUAUGGCCUAUGGUUUGAUCACUCUUAUUAAAAAGAAGAAUGAUACUACCUCUUUGACAUACGAUGCACCCAAAAAACCUGGCCAAGCUGAAGGAGCUCCUGAGACUAUUACCACCACCGUGAGAGAUUAUGAUGUUGAUCAAGUCAAGUCAUUCAUUCAAUCUACCGUCACCUCAAUUCUCAUCAUCUCUGUUAUGCACUGGCAAUUCAAGUUUACUCAACCUCUUUUGAUGCAAUCUAUUUUACCUAUCAAGAACUUGUUGACUCAUAAAGAAGCGUUGAUUCAUUUGUGGGGUGAUGCUCCCGAAGGUAACCUCUCUAGACCUUUUGCUGCCGAGAAUCCUUUUGGUGGCCUCGCCAACAUGUUUGGUGGUGCUUCUGACGCUGCUCCUGCUGCAACUGCUGAUGCCCCUGCUGCUGCUGUUGCUGAUGCCAAGAAGUCUCACAAAGAGUAA